AUGUUGGACGAUGAGAAGGAUGAAGAUAUAGACAGUUGCGUCUGUUACAUGAGGAAAUGUCUUGGCCUCCCAUGCAAACAUGAAAUUGACGCAAAUGUGAAUGCACGACGUGGUGUGUUUUAUGCUGAGGAUGUCCACAUUUUUUGGAGGACAUGGGUUUCGGGAUUCGGGCCUGGCCAAGAAGAAAGUGUUGGUUCUGUUCCCGAUCACAGGUCACAGGCUAUUGGCAGGCUAGACGGGUUAAUUGAUGAGUUGCGUGAACGUUCAGAAAUUGAGAUCACGGACGUGGCAGAUGUCGUUUUUGAACGAAUGCAUCCUGGGGCAACGGAGAUAAAUGAGCCACCAGUACUGGACCGCCCGAGAGGUAGACCGCGGAACAACUCCACACAGAGGGAUGACUCAUCGCAUGAGUUGCCAUUAUACCCGGGCGAAGAAAAUUCGAGACGAGGACGAUCAAGAGGCAACAGAGGCCGUGGUUCAUCUUCUGAGAGAUCUAGUUGUGGCUGUGGUCGUUCAUCGACUGUGAGUGGACCCGAAAUGGGACGAAUGCCCCGACCUAUCAAGAACAGUGAGGAUGAUUGGAUGGAUGUUAGAUUGGAUGUGUAUACCUGUAUUAGAAGUCACGAGCUGUUAUUCAAUGAUUAUUUCGGUGGUGGUAAUUCAGUGUAUCGGGUGUUGGCGAGUGUCGCCUAUUGGGAUAAUGCCCCAGCACCUCUGCAAAAGUGGAUGACGAUCACGGACGUGGGCGUGGUUGUAGCAACAUAUUACAACGCGUUGGUCUUGUCGGCUAGCAGUUCGGGAAAUCAGACUUAUUUGCCACUUUGGGCUCCCGGAGGUGUUUCACAGUUAUCUUACCAGAUGACUAUACUAUUUCUUGAAGCAGGAAGCCACUUUGUGUAUCUGAAGCUGAAUGACAACUGUCCGCUUCCUCCGUUUAACCUGCAGUGGGCGAGAUACAGCAAUUAUACUGUUGCAUAUUUGCCAGAGGCAUUGCGGGAGCGACGUGAAGCGUGGGAUAUUCUAACUAGUGUUUGA